CUUCCCUCCCGUCCAGGUCUGCGUGGAAUUCCGAGCCGCGCUGUCCGUAGGCAGUCCGGGAUGUCUAGGCCGCCCUGAGCGGUGGCCGUCUGCGCUUCUGCUCCUUCGAGGUCGAGUCCCAGGGGCUUGGACCCGGGAGCCCAGGCGAGACCGCGCACCGCAUAUGGACUCACCGGGAGACCCCGAAGGCCCACGCCCCCCAGGAGGUGAUGGCCCUCCAGGAGUUGCAAUGGAGACAUCCAGGCGGCUUUCAAGAGAACAGAUUUUUGUACUGAUAUCAACAGCUUCCAUUAACUUAGGUUCCAUGAUGUGCUAUUCUAUCCUUGGACCCUUUUUCCCCAAGGAGGCUGAAAAGAAAGGAGCCAGCAAUACAGUUAUUGGUAUGAUCUUUGGAUGUUAUGCUUUAUUUGACUUUCUGGCAUCUUUGGUAUUUGGAAAAUAUCUUGUACAUAUUGGAGCAAAAUUUAUGUUUGUAGCAGGAAUGUUUGUCUCAGGAGCAGUUACAGUUCUCUUUGGUCUCUUGGACCAAGUUCCAGAAGGACCAGUGUUUAUUGCUAUGUGUUUUCUACUGAGAAUAACUGAUGCAAUAAGUUUCGAGGCAGCAAUAACUGCGUCUUCUUCUAUCCUUGCAAAGGCUUUUCCAAACAACGUGGCCACAGUAUUGGGAAGUCUUGAGACUUUCUCUGGCCUGGGGCUUGUGCUGGGGCCUCCUCUGGGUGGCUUUUUGUAUCAGUCCUUUGGAUAUGAGGUGCCGUUCAUUUUUCUGGGAUGCAUAGUUCUGCUGAUGGUUCCCCUCAACAUGUGUAUUUUACCCAAUUAUGAGUCUGAUAAAGGGAAACACUCAUUCUGGAAACUCAUCGCUUUACCCAAGGUUGCCUUUUUAUCCUUUGUCAUCACCUCAUUCAGCUCCUGUUUUGGCUUCCUUGAUCCUACACUCUCCCUCUUUGUUUUGGAGAAGUUUAAUUUACCAGCUGGAUAUGUGGGAUUGGUAUUCCUGGGUUUGGCACUGUCCUAUGCCAUUUCUUCACCACUGGUGGGCCUGCUCAGUGAUAAAAUGCCACACCUGAGGAAAUGGCUUCUGGUUUUUGGAAACUUAACCUUAGCAGGUUGCUACAUGCUUUUGGGACCUGCCCCCUUCUUGCACAUUAAGAGUCAGCUCUGGUUGCUGGUGCUGAUAUUAGUCAUAAAUGGUAUCUCUGCUGGAAUGAGCUUAAUUCCAAUUUUCCCAGAGAUUCUCUCUUGUGCACACGAAAACGGAUUUGAAGAAGGAUUAAGUACCCUGGGGCUUGUGUCGGGCCUCUUUGGUGCAAUGUGGUCAGUUGGUGCCUUUGUAGGACCAACGCUGGGGGGAUUUCUCUAUGAGAAAAUCGGUUUCGAAUGGGCAGCUGCUCUCCAGGGUCUCUGGGCUCUGACCAGCGGACUAGUGAUGGGCUUGUUUUAUCUAUUGGAGCACUUGAGGAGAAGGAGAAGAUCUGAACUUCAAAAUAUCCUUGGCACAGAGGAGGAACGGACUGCUCUCUUGUCUGAUGAAAGGUAGCCUUAGGAAUUUCAGCCAAUACGGGACUGGAAGAUGGAUGCUCCUGGCCUUGAACAUCAGUGUUGGACUUUCUUAAUUUUUACGCACAAAACUCCAUGGACUCCACACCAGCAUCCUGGAAAUGUUAACAUAGUUUUGGGUGAUCCUGUGUUGGGCUAUACAUCCUGUUGUCCUGAAGAACUGGCCUUCUGAACCAGUCAUAUUUGAAAUCUUAAAUAUGAGAGGAGUCAUUGAAAAUGAACAGAAGUUUGUGGUUUUGAGUGACUAGACUUGGCCUUGAAGAUGUUGUUGACUCUGUUUCAUCUGUUUACUUUUUAUUGAGUGCACUGAUUCUGUGAAUGUACCUUUUUUAUUAACAGGAAAAGAAUUGAUUUGACAUGCCUAUAAAUAAUGUAAAGAUAACUCAAAAUAUACAGAAUAAUUACUGUGAAAUCAGUUUUUAAAAUAGUUGCUUUCUCUGUGCCCUGAGUUUUUGUUUGUUUGUUUUCAUUCAAAAAGCAAUUUCCAACCUAUGGUAUAAAAACUCUGUUGUAUAUCCUGGCCAUCAGCUCUUCUAAAAAUUUUGUUUGUGUGAAAGAUACAAGAAUAAUAGUACUUAACACUUCCAAUUUUGUAACAUACUGUGAAUUAGGAUCUUGAUUUAUAAAUAAUGCUUGGUUUAAUAUUAUUCAUUUCUCUUAAUGUC